AUGAAUGACGUCUGUUUCUCAUUAUCAAUACAGGCAGUCAUUGGAAAGCUGCUCAUUAAGUAUUACUACGGCCGCGGACCGGAGUAUUCGUACUUCAAUGGCUGCUCGCAGGGCGGUCGACAGGGACUUAUGCUCGCCCAACGCUAUCCGACAGCCUACGACGGAAUCGCGGCCGGCGCCCCUGGCAUACAAUGGACCGAUUUCUUCCCUAGCAUGCUGUGGCCACAGCAAUUCAUGAACAUGCUGGGCGAGUACCCCCACGCAUGCGAGCUGCACGCCAUCACGGCAGCUGCAGUCUCGACCUGCGACAGGCUGGACGGCGUGGCUGAUGGUGUCAUUAGCGAGGUUGAUGACUGUCUUGCUAGCUUUAAUCCUUUUGGCAUGGUCGGCCGGGCUGUCAACUGUUCUCAGGCACCCGAGGUCACCUCAGCGGCAGCAGCCGUAGUUAACGCGACAUGGCAGGGGAUAAGGGACUCUUUGGGCGUGCAGACGUGGCCGGGUCUGAACCCGGGUACUGACCUUACUGUUGGCGUCGCGACAACGAACUGCACCGCUAUAUCAUGCGAGGGUGUGCCUCUGCCCAUCGCCCUCCAGUGGCUAUCGCUGUUCGUCGCGAGGGACGCAGACCUGAACCUGUCUGACCUGAGCCAUGUUGAGUUCGACUGGCUGGCCCACCAGGGUCGGCAGAGAUACAGGUCCAUCAUCGGGACUGACGACCCCGACCUUUCUGCCUUUAGUGACGCCGGUGGCAAGCUCGUCACCUUUCACGGUCUUGUCGACGAGCUACUCCCCUCGAAGGGCACUGUCAAGUACCACGACGGAGUCUUGGCCCUCAUCCCGGAUGUCCGUAGCUUCUACCGCCACUUCGAGGUGCCUGGCAUGGGUCACUGCGCCGGAGGAGCGAGCGGAGGGCCGACCAGCCUUUUCGACCAGCUGCGCGCAUGGGUCGAGAACGGUACCGCGCCUGAUCAAACACCGGUCACCGUCACGGAUCUGGAGGGGGCCGUGCAAAGUCGUAUCUUGUGCCCGUAUCCACAAAAGGCUGCUUUCGAUCGGGACUGCGGUACCACAGCCGAAGCCCGGUGCUGGUCGUGCAGCGGCUGA